AUGCAAAGGCUUUCUCGUUCUGCCUUUCAACAGGUUUGCACCAAGCAGCAAGGCUCACCCAUGUUCUUGCUGAAUAACGCUCUUACGCGUAGAAUGCCAUCAUCAUCAUCCUCGUGGAUCGGAACCGCAACAACAUUCAAGGGAUUUUCUCACCAUGAUUUUCAGGAAUCCAUCAGUCGUUGUUUUUCUGUUAAUUUGGUGAAGAGAAAUGUUGGAACAUCAUCCACCACGGAAGGAACCACCCACACAACAACAUCAAACACUACGGUACAAUCCGUUGAAACACCAGCAUCAAACACUACCGCAACAGCAACUUCAACGACCACACAAUCAGUGCCACAAAAACCAGUAGCUUUUGAAGAACCACUCCACGAAAAACAAAGCUUUAAUUUGGAUGAUUUUGAAGAUGAUGUUGCCGGACAACAGUUGGAAGCAGCAGAGUCAAUGAGCUCGCUCUUUUCUUCAUUUACCGAUUAUAUCAAUCCUUCAAAGAUUCUGGAAGCUUGUAUUGUUGCUCUUCACGAUGCCGGCUGCCCAUGGUGGUCCAGUAUUGCGCUUGUUGGUUUUGGUCUUCGUAUGUUGAUGUCUCCACUCAACAUUAUGAGUAUGAGAGCAAGUACUAUAAUGUCCAAGCUCGGAAAUAGUUUUACACAAUUGAAAAAAGAUCAAGUGGAUCCUAAAAAGAGUCCUACAGAACGAGAGUAUGCCAGACGUGCUUAUGAUGAAAUGGCCAAGAAAGAAGGAUUCAAAAUGUCCCACAUGUUCUUGCCCUUAAUUCAAAGCCCUCUUUUUAUUGCUUUCUUCUUUUGUUUGAAUAGAAUGGCAAGAGAAGUUGAAGGGUUCCAAUGGGGAGGAAUGUUAUGGUUUACUGACCUGACAGUGAAAGAUCCAACUUAUGUUCUUCCAAUUUUAUCUGCCUCUUGCUUUAUGGCUGUAUUUCUUGUCAACACAUUCCUUAGAAAUGCUGGAUCAGGAAGACUUCAAUCUUUGAUUGCUGUCGGUAUGGGCAUUUUCUCGUUUGCCCUUGUACCUUUUACAGGCAGACUUCCUGCUGCUCUUUUCAUGUAUUGGAUCCCUUCCAACAUUUUCCAAAUUAUUUUUUACUUACUAAUGUCAAGAAAACCAAUCAAACGAUAUUUCAAAAUACCUGAAGUUGAUACUUCAAAGGGAGCAAACAAGGGAAUGGAUAAGAUUGAGAAAAUGAUUGAGAAAUUCAUGCCAGCCAAAGCGAAGUCACCAGUACAUGCAAAACUGAUGACCAAGCAAGAUUUUGAUAGAUCAAGGGCCGCCAAACAUUAA